AUGGUUUUGGUCAGGACACAGCUCAACAUUUUCGCGUCUAGCAACAGAAAUUUCCUGCGGGCACCAGAUUUCCCCAAGACAGCGACGCUCCUUGAGAAGACGCAGUCAGUCGCAGAAGGAAUACUCACCAAGUUAAUCAUGAAGUUGCUUUUCACUCUCUGUGCUGCCCUUGCCCUCACCAUGGCAACAGGUGCCGCGAUAGACUCUUCAAAUAAACAGGCGGCUCCAGUUCCCCAGGAGAAGGCGUCUCCCAACGCCCAUGAACAGACCCAACUCAAGGAAUCUGAGGCAGAAUCUUCAGUGGAGAUGCAGAAGGAGGAGGAGGAGAUGGAUGGUGAUGAGGAUGAGGCACUGGAGGCUGACGAGUACGCAGAGGAUGACCUGGAAUUUGCUGAUGAAGCUGAGGAAUAUGAUGAGGAGGAGGCCGCAGAGGAGUCCUUUGAUGAGGACAUGGCUGUAGAUGCCUUUGAGGAGGAAGAGGCCAGCGGUGAGGAGGCAGAGGAGGCAGAGGAAGCAGAGGAAGCUUCCAAGUUUCAAGAGGAGGAAGCAAAGGAAGAGACUGAGGCUGAGACUAAGGCUGAGGCUGAGGCCUGAGGUUGAGGCUGAGUCCAAGGUCUAGGCAUCGUAAGAGUCUCCAGCCCUCAGCUGGGUUUGCCAGAUAUGAAAUCAACCAACUCAAUCAAUGAAUGUGAUUGGAAUGAAAAGAAAAAUGAAAAAAAUUAAAGAAUGGAUGUGUUUCGUCGUUCAACCACAAAAUCAACAACUCAGUGAUUCCUGUUGAUUAAUGUGUACGUACAGCUAAGCUAAUUGUUACUGUAUUUCAGACUGUAUUUCCUGACUAAUCAUUUGCACAUUAUUUCUAUUGUAUCAAGGGUUUUUGAUGAGGGUUUUUGGUUCUAUUUUGAUUCCACAUUACACAUAAUAUUCACAUACUGUAUGUAAACAGGAUAUUUAGUAUCUAUUCUUAUUCUUGAAACUAUGAAUCUAUUGCAUGCCACUUUACAAAUACACAAUGAUAUGGACAUCAU